AUGGAGAGUAAAUCUGAAAACAAGCAUAAUGAUAUUGAACUGAUUCAGUCGGAUAUUUCAAAGACCCAUCAAGCACCUUUUGGUGAAGACAAUGAAUAUAUAGUCAAUAAAGAUACUGACAGUAUUUUAAAAAACUCCACUAAUGAAUCGAAUAAAAAGUGGCGAUUUGAAGGUGUAAAUAUAGUUGUAUUGUCUGUGAUAGUCUUAUCGACUGCUAUAACUAUAGCUUUAAUUUUCAGCAUUAUUUUUGGAAAGCCUCAGGUCGUACCUCAGGGUGCUGUUGCAGUUGAUGAUGAUUUGUGUGGUCAAAUAGGCUUAAAUAUAAUGCGAGAAAACAAAGGGAAUGCUGUUGAUGCGAUGGUAUCUGUUAUGUUAUGCUUAACUGUAACUCGCCCUGAUGUUGCAAGUUUAGGUGGAUGUGGUGCUGUACUAGUUCGUGAUCGUAAUAAACAAUUAAGUCAUUUAUUUGACUUUACUUGCCCUGUUCGUAAUAGUGCUACAGAACAAGAUAAACCAGAUAAAAAUAAACCUGCUAGUUUAGUAGGUAUCCCAUCUCUAAUACGUGGUCUUGUAGUUAUGCAUCAACGAUUUGGUUCAUUAAAAUGGUCAGAUCUUUUCACUGGUGCAAUUGAUUUGACUAAAAAAGCUUUCAUGCCUAGUAAAUCUUUAAUUGAAGCUGCAAAUAAAAUGAAAACAUUAAAUUCACCAGAUUUUUUAAAACCAAUUUUAAAUCAAUUAAUAGAUGAAAAUACUCCAUAUACUCCAUCAGUUGAGUUACGUAAUACAUUAGAACAUUUAGCUAAUCAACGUGAUGGAUAUUUUUAUAAUACAAAUGCAAAUACAUUCAAUAGACAAUUUGUUAAUUAUAUGAAACAACAAGGAUCUCAAUGGUCAUUAGAAGAUUUGAACAAUUAUACAGUUGAUCGUCCAAAUGCAAUCAAAAUGGGUUUCGCUGGCUUCACACUGGAAUCAUUUCCACCUCCACUAGUUGGCGGUCCGUACAUUCUACUGUUACUGGGCAAUUUAGAUCUUAAAGAUACACUCACUCCACUUGAUCAUCGAGCAUUACUCAACCAAGAUCCAAUUGUAACUACUAUCUACUUGCAUCGUCUUAUGGAAUUGGCUCGUUUAGCUGAAGCAUCAGCUACUACACUUGGAGAUCUGAGUGAUCCUACAAUAAAUGUAGCAGCUUCAUCUGCUAUGGACACUAUCUUCUCAAAGUCUGCACGUGAAGCCACUGUAGCUAGUGUUCUAGAUGACCGUGUGGUAAAGGAACAUUCACAACAAGAUGUCCUCAAAACAACUUCCGAAGGUGCCAAUAUUGGUGAUACAGGUAUUGUAACAACUGAUUCAACUAGUUUCACUGUUGUCGGCAAUAUAUUCAUGGGUUCACCAUUUGGUAAUGGACAAAUUGUACCUGGUACAGGUGUUCACUUAAAUUCAGUGUUACAAUUAUUCUCAGAAACAAAAUUGAAUAAAUUUGCUCCUGGACGUCGUCCUCUUAUUCCAAUUGGACCAGUUUAUUUAUCAGCUACACAUAGAAAAUGUGGUAUACGUGCAGGUAUUGUUUCGAUAGAUGGAUUAUGGGGUCUUACAGAUGCAGCACAAGUAAUAUGUAAUGCAGCAUUAUUUUUACGUGGUACCAAAUGUCAACCACCUAAAACACUUCAACAAUUUCAAUCUAUUACUACAAUAAAUCAUAAAAAAGAACAAAUUCCUAUCUUAAAUGAUCAUCCUCAUCAUCAUCAUCAUCUAUAUAGUCCAGCUAUUGAAAAAAAUUGUAUUAAUCCUAAUUAUGCUACUAAUAAUUUAACAAGAAUACAUCCAAAUUAUAAUAUAAGUAAAUUAAGUAGUAUAACACUUGAAUAUUCAUUUAAUAAUGAUCAUUUAAAUUUAAUUGAACAAUUAAAACAAUUAAAUUAUAGUGAUAUUCAAUUAUUAUUAAUAAAUCAAUGGCCUGGACGAGUAUUUUUAAUUGGUUGGAAUGGUUAUCAUAUGAUUAAUACAGGUGAUAAUCAUUCAUUUAAUAGUAAAACAUUAUAUACAUUUUAA